GUAUAUCCAAGCUCUUCCCUACUAGAUCACAUACUGUUGCUGCUCAGGGUGGUAUCAAUGCCGCACUUGGAAACAUGCAUCCUGAUGAUUGGAGAUGGCAUAUGUACGAUACAGUGAAAGGAUCGGAUUGGCUUGGUGACCAGGAUGCUAUCCACUAUAUGACCAGAGAAGCCCCGGCCUCGGUCAUUGAACUGGAGAACUACGGAUGUCCUUUUUCGAGAACGGAGGAUGGGAAGAUAUACCAGCGUGCGUUCGGUGGGCAGUCACAGAAGUAUGGCAAGGGAGGCCAAGCAUAUAGGUGCUGCGCCGCGGCAGACAGAACCGGCCAUGCCCUCCUACAUACUUUAUAUGGGCAAUCACUGAGACAUAACACAAAGUAUUUCAUUGAAUACUUCGCAAUGGACCUCCUGAUGGAAGACGGUGAGUGUGUGGGCGUCAUCGCCUACAACCAGGAGGAUGGCACCCUCCACAGGUUCCGAGCCCACAAGACAGUCCUAGCUACCGGUGGGUACGGGCGUACGUACUUUUCCUGCACUUCCGCCCACACAUGUACCGGCGAUGGUAUGGCGAUGGUGGCUCGGGCCGGGCUGCCCAACCAGGAUCUGGAGUUCGUUCAAUUCCAUCCAACCGGGAUUUACGGCGCAGGGUGUUUGAUUACCGAGGGAUCCCGCGGCGAAGGUGGGUACCUAUUGAACUCUGAGGGUGAGAGAUUCAUGGAGAGAUACGCCCCAACUGCGAAGGAUCUCGCUAGUCGAGAUGUGGUCUCCAGAAGCAUGACUCUAGAAAUUAGAAACGGCAGAGGUGUUGGUCCUGACAAGGACCAUAUAUACCUUCAACUAAGUCAUCUGCCAGCAGAGGUUCUCCAUGAACGCCUCCCUGGUAUCUCGGAGACCGCGGCCAUCUUCUCUGGCGUUGACGUCACCAAGUCACCCAUUCCGGUGUUACCCACUGUUCAUUACAAUAUGGGCGGUAUCCCCACCCGCUACACUGGUGAGGCUUUGACUAUUGACGAGAACGGUAAUGACAAAGUUGUUCCAGGCCUUUUCGCCGCCGGUGAGGCAGCUUGUGUUUCGGUCCACGGUGCCAACCGACUUGGAGCAAAUUCACUUCUUGAUCUCGUUGUUUUUGGCCGUGCCGUUGCUCACACCAUCCGCGACACCCUAACCCCAGGAACCCCGCUAAAGCCGGUAUCUGCCGACAUUGGCGCCGCCUCUAUUGCCAACCUAGACAAGAUCCGCAACUCGGACGGCUCUAAGAGCACCGCUCAGAUUAGACUUGACAUGCAGAAGACUAUGCAGACCGACGUUUCGGUCUUCAGGACACAGGAAAGCUUGGACCAAGGUGUUAAAAAGAUUCAAAAGGUCGACGCCAGCUAUCAUAAUUUAGGAAUUAAAGACCGUAGCAUGAUCUGGAACUCUGACCUCGUUGAGGCACUUGAACUUGGCAAUCUUCUGACGUGCGCUACUCAAACCGCACACGCGGCCGCGGCCAGAAAGGAGUCUCGUGGAGCGCACGCAAGAGAAGAUUACCCUGAACGUGACGAUGAGAACUGGAUGAAGCAUACACUGUCGUGGCAGAAGGAGCAACACGGUAAGGUCGACUUGAAAUACCGUGCAGUCGUUGGAAAUACCCUAGAUGAGAAGGAGUGUGCGGCGGUCCCGCCUUUCAAGCGUGUAUAUUAAACCAAACCAAAUUCGAAUUCAAAUCAAAAAACGCAGCUAGGGAGAGAAGGGUCGCGGUGUUAUCAGUAGAUGGUUCAAUCAACGGUAGUUUUUUAUUUUAUUUUAUUUCAUUCUUUUUUUGACUUUUUGGUUGGGAUUAUAUUGUAGAUGACUAAAUAAAAAUACGAUUAAUCGAAUAA